CUUUCGUGGGCCUACUCCUUUUGGGUAUACAUUACAUUAAGCAAAUGAAGAGCGUCAAUUAAAGAUUGUGUUAAUUACAUGCAUGCUUCCCAUAUUUAUGUAGCAAUAUUCCAUUAUCACCUGCAUAUGGUGUUUAUAUAUCUCAACUGAUUCGAUAUGCAAGAGCUUGUUCUACGUGUAGUCAGUUUUUAAAUCGAGGUAAGCUACUGACAAACAAGUUGAUGGUACAGGGGUUUCAACAGUCUCUAUUGAAGUCAGUAUUUCGCAAAUUCUAUACCGAUCUAGUUCGUCAAUACAACCUAUCAUUGGGUCAAAUGCUGUCUGAAGUGUUUCAUACCGAUUGUUAAGCUGUUUUUGGCACACUGAUUUUGACUGCGGAUAACCCCGUUUACCUGAUCAGGAUAUAGAGCUCACGGCGGUUGUGGCCGGUCAACAACGGAUGCUUACGCCUUCUAGGCACCUGAUCCCACCUCUGGUGUGUCCAGGGCUCCGUGUUUGCCCAACUAUUUAUUUUGUAUUGCUUAUAGGAGUUAUGAAAUUGAUCACUGUUCGUUAUCUUCACCUUGCAUUGGUCACUGUUUGUUAUCUCACCUUGCAUGGAACAUUGAACAGUUUGACUCAUUUAAGUAUUAGGUGGAAAAUAAAUUCGUAAAUAUGAUACAAACAAGGAAAACUAUAUAUUUUAUCCUCUAUGAUCAAGUGCUUGUGCGUUUUAUUUAGUAACACUUGUUUAACCUUCUGCAGCUGUGCCUGACACGUGAUUCAGUACUCGAUUCAGUACUUAAUAUUUGCUUGGUGUUUGACAUACAGCGUGCAAUUUUGAAACCAUAUGUACUUUGACACUUUUAUCAGAGAGGUGGAACACACCAUCAAUAUGUUUGUCAAAAUGAAAUGUUUACCUUUGUUGAUGAUGUACUAAACACUCAGAAGACUUGUACUGAAAAUUAUAGAUUUAGUGUUUCAAAGGAAAAAUGUAUAGAAUGUGACGCCGGGUACCAGGGUUUGAAUUGUUCUUUUUCCUGUCGAUUUCCUAGUUAUGGUGCUGAUUGCCAGAGCAUCUGUCAAUGUAGACUGAAGCUUUGCAGUCAUAUUUCAGGAUGUCAAUACGAUGCAGAUAACGAAGAGGAUGAUGGUUCAAGUAAGAAUAUCCUGCUCAGUGUUCUGGCGAUAUGCGUAAUUUUCAUCAUUAUCGGAGCUUUCGUUGUGAUUUCGAGGGCUAACAGGAAGUUUUUCACAAGACAUCUAAGAAAUAUGGCAGAGCAAUCUAUUGAUGCACCCACUACAAUUGUAUAUCACAGGACGGCCAACCUAGUAAAUACUGCCACAGCAACUGACAAUGGAAUGUAUACAUUUGGAAAUACAAUGAGAUACGAAAAUAUUAAUAUAUAGUGACGAUUAUUAUUAUGUGUAUUACAGAAAUAAAGAGAUAUUGCUUUGAC